UUGCUUUAGCAAAUAGAUAUUUUCCUGUUAAUGUUUAUUUUUGAAGUGUAAGGAGCUUGGAGAGUUUAAUAAAUAAUGUGAGAUAAAGCUGACGAUAAGUAAAUUAGAUAAGUGUUGUGAGGAAGAACAGGAAAGGUACCUCUAUGUAUUUAUAGAUAGUAAGAAGAACCCUAAUAUUGAUUAAGAGUGGAAAUGGACAGGUACGUGUUUUUAGCUCUGUUAGUUCUUUAUGAUUGAAGUGAAUUGCAACAGUGGUAAAAAUACAAUAUCCACGCACAUAUGCUAAAAGUGACUCAAUUAGAUUUUCUUACUUGUAUAUAAACAGUUUUCUGAUGCAAAAUAUUGCUGGAUAUUUUAUUGCUGGACAUUUUGCAAUAAAGUUUCCUGAAGCCUUUUCUGUUCUUCCCAAAACACGGUUGUUACAUGCAUGAGGGAACCUUCUGCCAUUAACACAGAGGUGUAACAAUUUGUUUUGGAAGUUAAGUGGGACAGAAACCAUUCCUCUCCUCUCAUGUAAAUCCCAGCCCUUCUCAGCUUUAUGAAAAUGUUUUCUUCAUCCAAUAGAAAUCCACAUGCUUCAGAAUGGUCUGAAUCAAAAAAUAGAUGCCCUGGAUGAGGAAGUUUGCCACAGAUGCAUGAAUGCUGAUACUGCUGUUUGGGACUGGAAGUCAACGAGAUUUCACCUAUUGGAGCAUGGAUUCAAACUCCAGCACUGUGGUUGUAACUGGUUUUGGCCCCUUUAGACAAUACUUGGUUAAUUCUAGCUGGGAAGCAGUGAAGGAGCUUUCCAAGAGAGGCCUUGGAAAGAACAUAGAUCUUCGUAUCAUGCAACUACCAGUGGUUUACCAAAAAGUAAAGGAACAAAUCUUCAGGAUAUGGACAACUCUUCAUCCAAUACUUACUGUUCACGUUGGGCUGGCUUCAUCUGCCAAAGCAAUCAUCAUCCUUGAGCAGUGUGGGAAGAACAAAGGCUAUGAAGAGAUGGAUGCUUGUGGUUUUCACCCAGAAGGUGGCUGUUGCAUGCUAGAUGGUCCGGAAAAGAUUGAAUCAACAAUUAACAUGAAGACUAUCUGGAAAAAUAUUUCAGUGGAUGGAAUUGAUGUCAUCUUUUCCAGAGAUGCGGGAAGGUACCUCUGUGAUUACACCUAUUACACCUCCCUGUAUUAUGGUAGUGGAAGAGCAGCUUUCAUCCAUGUGCCUCCAUUAUCAAAGUCGGUAACAGCAGACUCUCUAGGAAAAGCAUUACAGACAAUCAUCUUAGAAAUGUUAGAACAGUGUGGGGUACGGAGAGAGUAAGGUGGGACGUAAGAAAAAGGGAGCGUUCUUAAAAUGGAAUUUCAUUUCUUUUAAAAGUAGCAAAUCUAGUGAUUAAAGCCCUUCAAGGUUUUACUCCAAGUUAUUUUCAGGGAAAUCUCCUUAUAAAAACCAAACAACUGUUUCAAUCUCAAGGGUGGCAAUUUGUAACACUAAGAUUGCUUUGUUUUAGGAAAACACAAGAAAUAGGACUUAAAAACAGUUACAUAUUUCCUAAAAUCCUUUGAAGGCAGGUUUUAAAAAAUCUAAUUUAAAAAAAAAAAAAAAAGCAGAAUAAAUGUCAAAAGACAUAACUACAGAUUUGUUGCACUGAGAUCCAUUCUUACAUCCAUGAGGGCAUUCAGCAUCUAUACCACAAAGUUCCGAAGUCCCUGUUCAAGUGCAGUGACACAGGUUCAUCUGAUGCAAGGUGCCCAUAUUUAAACUUUAAAUAGGAGGGAAAAAUAAAACACAGGUAGAGAUCCUGUUACGUGGAGAAUUUUUUCAGCUUCUCUAUCUCUUUGAGAGCAGCUGUACGUGCUGGCUUUAACAUACAAAACAGACUACAGAUCUGGGGUGACUUAAAAAGCUGGAACCUGGUGGACCUUGUAAUGCUAUUUGAGUUUCAGCUGCCUGAAAACACCAUUUCCCCCGAAUUCUCAGCAUAUGCCCGAAAGGAAAACACUGCUGUCCUGCCACAAAGCACAACACAAAGACAACAGUCUUUCAGUACAAUGGGUCACGCUAUUCAGGGAUUUAUACACCAAAAUCAACAAGCUAACUUGUCCCAGGAAAGGCAAUCAGUGAAGCACUGUGCAGUGGAAUGUUAUGGCACAUUAUCUUUCUUACAAAACAGGAACCAAAUGAGAUCCCAAGUUGUAAAGCUUGGGACCAGACAGUGACGGAUCACUUCUGAGCUUCUCCCCUGCCAAGCCAGGCUCCUCGGUGUCUCAGAUAUGUCUGAGACAGAAGCACUGCUCUAUUAAGGCUGGGCAAGACAUAGGUUUACAGCGUGUCCUCUUUAGCACACAGGGAAUGUCAGUGCACAGUUUUGCUCGUACCACGACAAUUAUGACAUAAAACUAGCACGUAUUUUUCAAAAACCAUCACCAGAACAGAACAGCAGCAUCUUCAUGUGGACACCUGGGAUUUUUCUAAGGGAAACAGAAGCUCAUCCCUCUAGCGCUGUGUCAGUAAAAAGGACAAGAGACAAGGAUAACCUGAUGGCACGGACACCUGAACAAGCUCUGGGCCACCACUGCACCUCAGCCGAGGCUUUGAUGACAAGACUCAUAGAAACUAAAUGCCAAAUAAUGUUUUGCUAGUUUGCUUGUUGCUAUUUUUCUAACAAACUUAGCAAAAAACUGACAACUUUGUGCUGGAUGUUUGAAUGCCCCAUGUAUGCAUUGCUGUAACAGAAAAUGAAAGGAUUUCCUUCAAAUAAAUAAAUAAAAAUGCUUUCCUUAUUGGAAUGAAUCAAGUCCCACUGAAAAAUGGUCCAAAGGUUAUUGUCAUUGGAUUACAGUGCUUUUGAUUUCAACACAGCAUAACGGCAGUACUGACCUCUAUGAAGAUCGUUUUCAGAGUUGCUCAACUAAUCGCAGCCAAAAGUGCAGAAGAAAAAGUCUUGAAUCUUCUAAGCCGCACUUGCUUUGCAACGAAGAACAAAUUCCAAAAGAGACAAAUGCAUACAGAAUUCUUUUAUUUAACUUAAAUCAGGUAGUACUGAAACUACUAGAAAAAAGCAGAGUAAGAGAAACUAAUGGAGCCUUAGCUUCAGCCAUUCAAAAUAGACAAAGUUUCUUCUUUUCAUAAUGUAAAGAAUCCCGAGUAUAUCGCAAUAACAGGAAUAAAUUCUUACAACAGAAUAUACAAAAACAUUUUGAAUUUUUUUUGUUUUUUUUUUUUUUUAAUCUACUGAUUCAUUUUAAUAUAAACACAGGAAUUUCUUUAGGAAUAAUUUAUACACAGCAAGUCUUUUUUAUGUAAUAAAUUGGCCAUGUUAUUGUUUAAUUUUCUCUUUAAAAAAAUCUAAACAAGAAAACUCGGAAAAAUGUCGUAUUUGCAACUGCAUCCAUUCCUUAGCACUUUCUAGUUUUGUUUUUUGUCCCAGAGGUAGACAAACUCUGGCCAAUCCUUUCAUCUCAAACCUCACUGGUUUAGAAAACAGAAGAGCUGGUCUUUAAAUAGCAUCUAAAUCAUCGUUACGCUUCAGAAAUGCAGUCAGUCAAACUUCAGGGGGAAACAGGGAUCUUCAGCAUUCUUAAAUAAUAAUAAAUAGGGACCUCACUUUGCUUCUUUCAACAAAGCUUCGAAUGGUACUCAGCAUCUUUAGAGGCUGCAUACAAACUUUUAAAGUGAUAAGAAAUACGCAAAUAGUUCUUCAAUAGUAAUUACAAGAACUGCCUUCCCGCUUUCUCUUAUGCAGUCAUUUCCUUCAAACCACCUGGCACUCAUAAAACAGGUACUGAACAGCACGAGUGAGACUGUGUAGCAGCAAAACCCAUUCUGUUUUCCCAACCAGUGAGGUUCUUGUAAUCCAUUAAGUUAACUGCACUAGACAGUAAAGUGAAAUGACCAGUUAAGAUGAUCCCACCCCAACCAGAGGGCUCUGGAAGACCAGGAUACUGAAGAUACAGAACAUUUCCCCAACUUCUUUACUCAUUCGCUUGAUACUGGGACACAAAGCUUGGGCAGGUAGUGGGAGAGGGAUGAGCCUUGAACUGGACAAGUUAGCAAUCCUUUUUUGGCAUAUUGUAAAGCUAGCUAGUAAACUGGUACCAUCAAAGGAAAUGGAUCUCAUACAGACACACGCACACACAGACAGAAAAAGUGCCCUUAAAUUAUAUUUUAGGCAUUAAUAAACUACAAACAUUUUAUAAAAUUAUUCUAUGCACUUACAAAAUGCAAUGAAACGUUUAAUUAGUUCUUGUAAACCAGAUCUUCGUCAACUGACUACCCGUAAUCUACUGGACUUUAAAGCCCUAUUGAAAAUGCUAAUGGAUUACUAAUCAACGUAACGCGUACAAAAAAGAUGGACAUGCACACAUACGCACGCACACAACCUGGUGAUAACCCAGUACUUGCAAGACAAACCAACUGCAGGUUGAGACUGACUCAUACAGACCAAUGUCACAACCACUGAACUCCUGUUACGAAUUUAGCACUUCAGCUGGAAAGUCAGGCUUAUUUACAAGUACCGAUGAUCAGAAUGGUGAUACCUGAGCUCUGCUACUGCCCCACGCACACCAAGCUCAGGAAAUAACUUCAAACUUCUGCCAAGCCCUGUGUCUUCGUAAAUAUCCAUUUCCAAAUCCUUUGUUUCCAGAUGUCCCCAUAUAAACACUUCUCCGUUCUGAUUUACCUGGCUGCGCUCCCUAACAGAGGCUGCUCAUUGCCUCUGAGCAGCCAGUUUUCUGAACUGAGGCAACCUUUGAAGCCCUCCUGCCUAUUUACAGUUCUGUAUCUUCAGCCCCUCUGGCCACAACUGUUUUUUUUCUACAUACCAUACUUAAACUCUCGUCUGCACAACUACUCAUGGGUUAAGUUGCAAUAUCUGGCUUUUAUCACUGGUUAGUAAGGAGUGGACCCUUUGCACCUUCCUCCGCUGUUGUUUAGCCCAGUGAUUAAAUACACUGUUGACAAACAAAAUAAGAACAACAGGAAACAAGUGUUACUUGUACUAGUGGAAUGAAUAGGGUUUAAAUAUAUAUAUAUAUAUAUCUAUAUUAUAGAUAUACAUAUGCAGAUAUCUAUGUCUAUAUAGAUAUAUAUUUAUGGAGUUACACCAACAACGGGAGCGUUGUUCACUUCGAUUGCAUGGAACAACCCUCGGCAGUUCCCAGAGGACCUGACAGCAAUUCUGUCUGGUGACCAGUCGGUCCUGGGCAAACUGGGCUUCACUUGUUUUUAAAGACCAACAGGAGCAUCAGUGCGAACAUGUCUAGAAUCAUACAUCACUUAGAACCAGCUUUAAAGAACAGAGGCAUCACGCUGAGAAAGACCUGGAGACCUGGUGAACACAGGUUGGCCUCCAACUUCCAAUCAUGCUUGGCUUCUGUGUCCAACUCAUCGCAACCUCAAAAGCGCUUCUUAGUACCAAGCAGCUGACGCUUCUGUGCUUACACAGGAGCCACCUUCCUUUGCAACCAAACCACCUUCUGUGUCACUGAGAAGCUUUUAGAUGCGAGUCAGGUGAGAACAAUGGCCCAAGUGCUGAAAUCAAAGCCUGCCCCUACAGUGAUGCCAGUUUGUUAUUCUACUGCAUCGAAACAGCUUGGUAAUGUUUGUCAAAACGCUGGGCUUUGGGGCCGGGUGGGCUUUUGUUUUUCAUUUAUAAGCAAAUUGGAUUCCUCGAACUUUAUUCAAACACAGUCAAAGUUCUGAAUAAAUUUACCAUACCAGACAAGCCAGUGGUCUCAGGAAAGAACAACAUUACAAACCAUAUUAUGACUCUAUCAAGCCAACAUUAAUUCUCAGUUGUUCACAUGCAUAAACAACUUGAUUUACUGUCCAAGGGAAGUCUGCAUGAAAAGCCCGUGUGAAUAAAGCUAUUCAGAAUGCACAAAACACAACAACAACAAAAUAAAAGCGCUAUGGAAACAAAACAGAACAAAAAAGUAAUUAAGCCUGAAUUGCAAACACAGAACACAAUGGUAUCAUGAAGGUGGUUUGGUCCAGGAGAGCUGACUGUCAUCACACAUGCGUACUUUACUUUUAGUCCCAUGACUGUAUUCUACUGAAGUGCUUUUUGAAAUGCCUAUCACGAUGGGUGCUACGUCAUUAGUGUUUUUUCCUAACGCAUUUUUAAACCACCUACAUCAAAUUAUAAGAACCAAUAACUUGGACAGUUUUAACAAAACCCUCCUAGCCAGCUGAAAGAUCUGAGGAUCUCCAGUUGUGGUAAUCAAUAUGUGCAAGUGAGGAGAACAGUCACUACUCCAAAAAGGUCACUGGAAGCUUCAAAGAAAUGCAACGACAAAAAAGAUGACAUGGUAACAACGUUAAAUUUGUUGCUUUUUCGGGGUUUGAGAGAAAGGAUCCCUCCAAAGACAAGCCCCGCAGUACUUAACCACAGCACUGUAUGUUCAAGAGGCCGCAUACAGCUCCAAGCACCGCAUUAUUCAGAUACCACAACCAACACCUGCACGAACAGCUGCCUGAGCUGGAAAAAGAGAAACAUUAUACAUCAUGUUGAUGGCAAGCCUGUGUUAGUCCUGUGUGCUUGUAAACCAGUUACACGCUGUCAGAGGGCAGUUAAAAUUUGAUGGCUGGUCCAUCAGAAUCCACAGUUAUGAAGCAUAUAAACGGGGGAUGAAAAGGGAGCUGACUUUUUUACUGGCACAUCAGAAAAAAAAAUAAUAAUAAUAAAAAAAAAAUCAAUUCUGUUAGUUUUGAAAACAAAAACAAAGCGAUAAAAUAAAAUGAAAUAAAAUCAGUGCUCUCAUUAAACAGAAGCAGCAAAGAUCCAAAGCUGUAAACUCAACGUGGUAUCAUCACCAGGCAGCCCGCAACAGGUUUGUCAUUGUUUUGGUCAAAAAAAGAAAGAGCAGCGCUGUGCUUGAGGAGCCAAACGGGUGCUGAUUCAGCAAAAUGCCUUUUUGGUGCUCGCGGCAUCUGAGGAAAAUUUGCCAGGAGUGACUGAGGCCAAACAGACUGCUCUUCUGAUUCUAGCAAUCCUUCUGGACCUUCCAACAACGUAAACAACUAAUUUCUGUAGCAAAUUUGAUCGAUACUCAUGAUUGAAAGUUCUUGUAUCAGGUCAGCCCUGCACCCACCUAAGAAGCAGCAGCCCUGCCACUGACCUGAGCACUGCCACGACGGCCCACUAAAAAGCCUUCGCGUUUCCUUAAUGAACGGUCAGCUUAAAGUCAGGCAAACUCUCGCAUUUUCCCCACAACAACAAAUUGGAACUGAAAAGGCAAAACUCCUCAGAAUUGAGGCAAAUACUCUGAAGUGACCUUUUGUGAUGAGCAGUGACUGUUCCCCUCCAGAACCUAGAGCAUGUGGUUUAUGGAGUGAGAGGUUACCAGUAUCGACGGCAUUUAUUGGCUGCUGAGAAAUGUGAGAUGUAUUUUUUUUUAUAUAUAUACACACAUAUAAAAAAAUAAGAGUGAGGUAGAUAAAUGUUUGAAAAAAAUCAAAAACUGUCCCCCUGUCAUACUCAAAAACCCUUAUCUCAGUAUUUAGAUUUAUUAUGGGGCAUCUCUACAGUGAUUUAAACUGAUAUCACAAAAAUAAAUAAAAAAUCCUACAUAGAAUACCUUCUUAAUUAAAUUUUUUUGUCUUUUUCGUUUUUAAAAGGGAAAAAUAACUACGGGACAGAGGCGAGAGAAGAUAAUGGGACCUAAACUACACAAGCAAAAAGCACUACAAACUUUUAAAAAUCUCCAGUCAAAACUAGCAAUCAGUAUAUUUUAAUUCUUUGUUCUUACUCAAAGGUUUUAAACGUUUCCAUCCCAGAACCACCUCUUCACUGCCAUCAGUUGGUUGGAUCAGUGCUAAACAAAGGCUUAGAUGCUGUAACUAAGAUGAGCAACUGCUACGACUCCUUGGUUGUAGGCUUUAUGAUGGCCCCCUCCUUCCCUUUUCGCCAAGGCUUCUGCAACCGAACAAACAAGCUCACUCAUUUUCUUUUGUUCUGAGGUUUGGUCUAUGACUUAAGCAACAGGCUUGGACUUGUCCAGGUUUCCAUAGCUGCCAACGCUUAACUCUGUUUGCUAGCCGAGCCGCUGGCCCCAGCUACGUGCUUUCCACCCUACCCCAUGGAAAUGGCAUGCUGUUGUGUGUGGGAGGGUGGGGGGGGAGUUAAUUCUGUAAUCAUGGGGUACAAAAUGCAGCCCAUCGUGUCCUUCUGGAGGGCUUCCUCAUUGGGAAGGCAAAGAGCUGAGGCUGGAGCCAGGUGUUCAAUGGCCACCCAAAAAGUGCCUGGCACCGCCAGCCGCAAUUCAUACAGCUCUUCUUCAAGGGGUGGAAGAGUUCAAAUAGUUGUUUUCAGAAUCAGUGACCCAAACGCCUGGUGUCUGCCGUUGUACCCAACAAACAAAAAGAGCGUGUGUGUACAUGUGUGUCUGUGUGGGAGCGUGUGUGGGGAUGGGUGGGUGCGUGUGUGCCACAACCAAAACAAGCGGGGAGGGAAGGAGGGGCGGGACCCUUGUACAACAAUGAAUAUAAACACUGAACAAGAAUGUACUAAAUAUUUAACCUUUUUUUUUUUUUUCUGACCUGAGUUUGUAUCAUGCCUUGCACUGUAACAGACUCGCAUGCUGUCUGGGCAGAGGUUCGUGGGAAGGAAGGAAAACUGGGUCUGACAAACACCACACCGCUGCUGGAGCGUUCGGUGUGGGGCGUCCCUUCUUUCUCCAUGUCUUCCUCAAAAGCCCUGCGACCCACACAGCCAAGAUGCUGUAAAACAACUAAUGGAAAAAAUAAAAAUAAUAAAAUAAAAUAAAAUGAGGAGAAAAUGCAUUUAUAAAAAGGCAUUAAACAGUUCAUGGCAAAUCAUA